AUGUCCGUCAAAAGUGUACCAGCUCAAAAAUUCAGCAUGGACAUGUACAACCAUGACCUCCCUCCGAGUUUCGAGUACUGCCUAUGCUGCACACCCCCGUCUACGACUGAAAAAGACAGUCUGGAGGUGAUUGAUUGGCUGAUGCAGCACGACCGUGUGCUCGCCUCGUGCUCUCGCCGGGCCCCAAAUGCGCUCACCUUGGCCAUCAUACAGGGCAAGAGCUGCGUCGUGCGACACCUGAUGAAGCGGUUUCCUGUAUGCGUCAACGAUCCAGAUGGGAACAACCAACGACCAAUUUUGGUGGCUAUAGAAUACCGACAGUACGAGAUUUUACACUCGCUCCUACGCGAUCCACAUACCAACGGGAACGUCACAGAUAAGAGUGGGCAUACUCUUCUCCACCUAGCCGUGAUUUACGAUGAUGUGACCGCCGUCAAAAUUCUGUUGGCGAACCAAAAUGUCGACAUCAAUGCUCGAGACAGGAAAGGCGAUACUGCACUUCUGCUGGCUGCCAAGAUCUACGGGAGCGACCAGCCCAAUAGCAGCCAGAUACUCGAUUCUCUGUUAUCGCAUAAAGACAUUCGGCCCAAAUGGCUUGACUGCGCCGGUCGCUCGGCGUUCUGGCACGCAGUGAACACCUGCAACUUGCAGCUGAUUCGCCGUCUUGCAGAAUUUCCGCGGGCUCAGAUCAACGUACCUGACCAUCGAGGUGUCAGCCCGCUUGCUCGGGCCGUGAUUCGCAGACGACUUGACGUUUUCAAUUGGCUUCUUGCUACCUUUCCGCAAAAUAUUACCCGAGGCUGA